UGUUGACCCGCUGUUUCGUUCGGACGCGUAAAACCGGUAGCUCGUUAGUUGAUGUGCGUGCGGCGCUGUGUUGGUCUUAUUCUUCCGCUGAGCAGCAGUCGAUUUGUCCUACGAUACGGUCUGCGUUGGAUGCUGGGACAAAACCAGAAGCUGAUAAGCUGCUUCCCAUUCUUUGGUGUUGCUGGCGUUUGAUGGAGAACAUCAAUAAUAAUUAGACUUGGUUCGAUUUCGGUCGGUUGAUUCGGGUGUUUUCGGUGUGCGCGCGGAGUGGUGGAGGAAGCCAGAGUGAAUUCCGACGGUGAGAAUCUUUUCUUCCAGCCGUCUUGGCGGUUGUGCUGGUGGCGGUCUUAUUAAAUUAUCCACGAAGAAGGAAAAAGAGUGUACAGAGUGUGUUCUUGUUCAAGAAGAUAGCCCCGCGGUGUGCGCUUGGGCCUCUUUACCUGGGCACGGUUUUCCGGGUUGGUUCCCCCUGUGGAGUGAAUGGGCAAGUGAGUUGGUUGUUGUGUGCAGCACAGAAGGCCGGGAAGAGGAAGUGACGAAAACAGUCGAAAAAGUGAUUUCAAUGCCGGUGUGUGGAAUGUGCUUGGAUGUUGAGAGUUGAGACAAAUUACUGUUAACUGCGGAUUCUUAGUUUGGGAAGAAGGUGAGAUCCCUGGACGAUUUGUAGAACAGGCAGUAGUGAUAGAACGCAUCCUACCAUGUCACUGGAAUCCAUCCCACGAGCCAUAGCAACGAUGACGACUCUACCCCUCGGGAACAUCUCACAGAUCUAAAAACCCUCUCUUCAACCGAUCCACGAGAAAACAACAAAGCAUCGUAAAAGUUUAAAAUUGGAAAACAUCUUUUACCGUCCGGCCGGUCGCCGUUGCUGUGAAGAUUAGUGGAAAACCAGAGUGCGUGGAGUGUGUGUGUGUGGAAAAGUGAUCUCCCGGUCGACUUCUACAACAAAGUGCGCGGUGGUAUCGUGCUGCGCGCGUUUUAAGUGAAUCGUUUUCCCCCGUUUGAUGUAUUUUCUCAGCCAAGCAGCCAAGUGGCAUGGAUCACCAUCCCCGUGAGAUGAAUAAUCACCGCGAGUCGCGCGGUUGUUGAUUUGUUGAAAGCGCGCGGGCAGCGCGCGCUCGCGCAAGUGAAAUACCGCCGGGUGCAAGUAGACCUUGACCCGGACCCGGGUUCGUGAGGGUCGUCGGGUGUCUGGAUCUGGGAGGAUCACUCAGUGGCCGGAGGCAGUGCGACCAAUCGCCGGGUGUCAAAAUUUUGAAGUUCAAAAAAACCCGUUACAAAAUGGCAGAGAAUGCCGCCAAAAGUGGUGCUAUUGGGGGUGGAGCCGGAGCCGGAGCCGGAAGUGGUGGUGGUGGUGGUGGUGAUGAUCCGCCACGGAAGAGCAAUAUGAAUGGCAAUAACCGGUCGGGGCGGUUCGGAUCGGAGCCGGUGGGGAAAGGGCGGGGCAACGUCAGUAGUUCCGGGGAAUCUGCCGAUGAAGAAGCAAAGUUGUUGCAGCAACAGGGGAAGACGGGUCAAGUGGUGAAAGGGGUCGGAGGGACGGAUGUGGACAGUGGCGGAGGAGUGGAAGAAGGGGCGGAAAAUGGGGAUUUGGUGAAGGCGCGGGAUGGCCAUGGAGUGUCGGUGAUUGAUAUGGCGGAUGCAGCGGGGGCGCAGCAGUAUAAGCCGAUCAACGGGAAGAAGAAGAAUGUGUUCAAAGCUUCCUACAACCACGUGCUGACCACGUUCGACAUAACAACCAAAGCCGAGCGGCCCUUCGUUAGCCUCAUCCUGGUCACCGUACUGCUCCUGCUAGUGAUCAUCCUGUUGGCCAUCCUGUGGCCCCGACUACCCAGCUACCUAACGAAGGAGGUCUGCCUGGAGGCGGAAUGUUUGGAGGCAAGCAAACAGAUCCUCCUGUGGGCAAAACCAGAAGCGGACACGUGCCGUUCGCCGUACGAGUGGGCCUGCGGCCGUUUCGAGGAGAAAUACAUCGCCCACAGCCUGUUCGGGGCGAACAAAGGCGAGUGGAACUUUGAUGCCAAUCGGGACUAUGAAGAAACUACCGCAGCGUACGAGUUCAUCUCCAAGUUGCCGUCGGUGGCGGUGACCUACUCGACUCAGGCCAUGCUGAAGCGGCUGCACUCGAUUUGUACGACGGUGGAGACGGUGAGCUCCAACGAGGUGAUAACCUCGUUGAAGCGGGCUCUCAAUGACUUGGGUGGCUGGCGGAUGCUGCCCGGCAGCAGCGACCCGUACUGGAACGUACGGGAGAACCUGCAGAAGGUACAACCGAAGUACGGGGCGGCACCCUUCUUCAAGCUGGGCAUCGACGUCCGGAAUGCUCCGCCCUUCGACUACAUCAUCACGGUUAGCGAGGGCGAUCUGGGGCUGCCGAGCUACGAGUUCUACACCCUGGAGGAGAGACAUCCGAUCAUCCAAGCGUAUCAAACCUACCUAAAGGACAUCUUGGCUCAUCUGGUGGCGGCAUCCACCAUCCAGGCGCAGGAGUACGCCAAGAUGAUCUACAACUACGAACGAAGAAUCGCCUUGGACGUGGCGAGUGUUCUUCGGGAGGGUGGUGAGAACGCCACUCAACCGCAGAUACGAACUCUUCAACAGCUGACCAAUGAGGCUCCUUCGCUUCCCAUCCUGGAAACGGCCCAGGCCAUGUUCAAGAAAAAGAUCACCGAGAACACCCAGGUCUUGGUGCAGAGUCCCGUUGCGCUCAAGAUGAUCUCGCAGAUCAUCACAACCACGGACAAGGAGAUCCUGAACAACUUCGUCAUGUGGUCGCUGAUACGACACAUGGUCCCCUACAUGUCCCGCAAUUUCCGACUGUCGAUGCAGGAGUUCGAAAAAGUCCUCUACGGCGUCCAGGCCAAGCAACCGAUCUGGCACUUCUGCACCAAGGUCGUCGAACAGUGGAUGCCCUACGGGUUGGAAGCCCUCCGCGAAAACCCGGACCUGAUCGUACACGAUCGCACCGAUCGGGACUACGCCGAGCAAAAUCCGUCGAUCGAUUCCCUGGACCCGUACCACACGUCCCGGUUGGUGAACGAAGAUCGCAUCCGGUACGACGACGAGCUGGUCAAGAUGAUGUUCUACCACAUCCGGGACGAGUACAAGGCCGCGAUCAUCAACUCCAACUGGAUCAACGAGCACCUGACCAAGUUCAUUACGGACAAGCUGUCGAUGAUGCGGGUGCAGAUCGGCGUCCCGUGGGAACUUCUGAAGAACGACAAACAGUUCAACAAGUUCUACCACGACUGGGUGCUGGACAAUCUGUUCUUCGUGGAGAACGUCGCCAGCCAUUGGGUGUUCGUCAAGCGGCGAAUGGACCGGAUGCUGGACAACAUGACCGAGAGCGAUAGAAUCGUCGCCGAACUGUAUCCGCCCGUCAGCUACGGCGCCCGCCGGGCCCCUGUUCCCGAUCUUAAAUACUCGAUCGGUCUGAACAUGGUGAUCAUCUCCCGGCAGAAGACCCGGGAACCGUACUUCCACUACCGGUACCCGUUGGCGGUGAACUUUGCCCGGCUGGGAGCAGACAUCUCCCUCGUGCUCCAGGAUGCCAUCAACACGCUGGCCGAGCAGUUCAAGAACACCGAGUCCAGCCAUCCGCGGCACGUUUUGGAGAACGUGUUCCAGCAGGAAGCCCAGAAGUGUAUGGUCAAUACCCUCCCGGCCACGAUCAACGCGGCCCGAAUCUCGAACUCCAGCAAGCUGAACCUGUAUCUGGAACUGGCCGCCGGCAGUAUGCUGACGCAGUCGUUUGGCAGCUUGCUGGAUAAAAUCGACCGCAACGAGCGGAUAUUCGAGAGUGGAAUAUCCGAACGGACGACGUACGAGGUGCUGGGUCUACGCAACGGCCACAGGCAGCCCGGCCUUCGGAAGUACGACGCCCAGCAGCUGUUUACGCUGGCGUACCUGCAGAAGCACUGUGCCGUGCCGGACAGUGGGGCGGUGCGGCUCACCAAGCUGCUGGUGGAUAACGACAUUCCCGAGACGGAGAAAUUCUCCCUCCUGUGGCACCAGAUACCACUGCUCUCGUCAUCCCUCGAGUGCAGCAGCAGUAGCAGUAGCUCCAGUUUUAGCAGCAGCAGUAGUUCCGCCGGUGGUGGUGCCGCACAAAACGGCCACUGCAGUCGCAUUCUUUGAUUAGUGCAACGUCGUCCAGCAGCUGCACCGCCUCCCCAAAUGGCACCGCCGCCACUGCCACCACCGCUAGUAGUGGUAGAUGCGCCGGAGCGCCCCCGCAAGCGCAAGAAGCAACUUCCCACCUCGUACUACGACCCGGCGUUCACCGAUCCUUACUACUACCAUUAUUCCACCGCGGGGCAGCAGCAGCAGCCGUAUCCGUAUCAGCCCAGUUCCGGUGGAGGUGGUGACUAUAAGGGUAAAGGUGACAAUUACCACCAUCAUCAUACGGACAGUGGCGGUAGCACCGGGCAGGGAAGCAACAGUGGUGAUAUCAUCUUUCCUAAAAUCGAUGUGAAUAGUAUAUUCUUCUGAGAGAGAGAGAUAGAGAGAGAACGUAAGGUAUGGUCGAGAGAUUGCGUGUGUUAUCGUUGGGAUGAUACGACAGAUGGUGAGAGCGAUUUCAUACUACUAUUAAAGUGUGUUCGGGAUGAUUUGAAGCAUUUCCACAUUGAAUCAAUAAUGCUUCUUCUUCGGCUAUUUAUAAUUGUUGAUAGUGAUCUGAAUUAUGUCGAGUACUGACGGUUUUAUUUUUCGAACAAUAAGCUAAUAACUCUAAGGUAAGGAUUUCUUAUAUUGAUCUUCAUAAAAAAAAGUACACAUACCGUGCCAACUUGUCUGUGAGAUUGAUGGUGAACUCUUCAAAAUGCAGUGAAGCUCUGUGGGUGUGGAAACUUUAUCUUACAACAUUGUUUUUAACGCGUAAAUUGAAAAGGCAAGAUCAUAAAGAAUGCAGGAGUGAUAACUGUUUAUGGUAUGGUUAUUACAGCAAUACUACUUUUUAGUAAAUUAUCACCAUACAUUGUACUGCUACAUUGCAAUUAUCUGCUACAAACGCAAAUCUCAAAAUAUGCGUAACAAUUCAAAUACAUUAAACUCAAUGGUUACUAUACCUAGAAUGGUAAAUGUAAUAAAUAGUUGAUGAUUUUAUGCAAAAUGGGCACUCGUUUAAAUUUUAUUACUAAUUUAUUUCUCGUUGAAUGAGGCUGCGUAUCAAAUCUUCAAUGGUAAUCUCCCAUAGUUUCUUUCUUUUUUAUCAAUAAUUAGAAACAAUAUUGAAAUUCUUGGGUGUCGUGUACCAUAUUUGGAUUGCACAAACAAUCCAAAAUAUUCAAACUCACUAAGCUUAACUAAAUUUCGAAAGUUUUUUUUAUCCAUCUCCUGACAUUUUGGCACAGACAUGCGUCGAAGAUAUUCUUUCAGCCAGAUUUGGUGGACACCGAGAGAAAUCAAUAACGCCGUUCCCACAUGCCAACACCGUUCGAACAAAUGGACUUCCUGAUAAGUAAGCUAGAGUAAUGCGAUAUAUUCUAGAACGAUAAGUCUAAUGGUAAAAAUCCACGUAAGCCGAACGCCUCAGCACAAUGGAAGCGAGGGCAAACAAUGAACAAAUGAAGCUACUUUUAAUCGCAAAAACAUGCCAGAACAAUCGUUGUUGAAACCUGUUGAAACAGAAGUACAUCUAGGAGUACGCGCAGUGUCUGAUACGAAUACGAAUGUUAUAACAAUUACUACUAAGCACAGAGAUGAGUUUAUAUAUUUAAGUGACACAGCCGGUACAUGCAGUGGAGAUCGGUACCCGCUAGUAGCAUAAAGGAACCCAGUAGUGCGAUAGAUAUUUAAUGCAGCCGGCAGUAGUUUUGUGACUAUAGUGUUAAACAAAUUUGAGACAAAAAAUGACGACAAUGACAAUGUCCGACGAACUUUGCGCGGGUGCGAUCGGACGAAAUGGAUAAUAAACCUGUUCUUUUUGUAAGGUA